GGAGAGAUAAAGUGUUUGUUGCAGUAGGAACAUCAGAAGAGAAGACCGUUUCUUUGCUUCAAUGGACGUUUCGACAUUUUCGUAGUUGUGAUGUUUGCCUUGUUCAUGUUCAUCGUCCUUCUACGUUUAUCCCUACUCUCUCAGUACAGGUUGCUACUAAAGUGAAGACACAUUUUUUGCGUUUUUGGUGUUCUUGUGUGCUAUCCAGUUUGCAAUCAGUAUUUUUUUUUAAUGAGUUCACAUGUAUCUCUUUGUUGAAGACUUGAAUUACAGAAAUCGAUUUUGAAUUCUGUUUAUUUUUAGUUGUUCUAGAAACUUCAGUUAACAAGUAACAUUAUUGUAUUGUAAUAUCAAUGCAAUAAUUACAAAAGCCUUUCAAAUGUUUUUAAUCUUUGAGCUAUUGCAUGGUAACACACUGUCAAUGUUGGCAAAUUGUUGAUGGAGAAUGGAGAUUACAGAAAUUAAUGUGUAUGCUUAUAAAAUGACAUACUCUAAAGAUAAAAUAGCCUUGUUCAUAUUGUGCUUCCGUGGUUAGCUCUUAAGAGCUGCGACCCGCUUGGUAUUAUAAGGUGGAAAUGUAUUGGAAAUAUAAUGUAAUUUAGCUAAGAAAAUUAUUUGAUAAAGUUUAUAGAGAUGCUUGUCGCACUCUAAUUAUUUUUUCUUCACAAAAUUAGUUUUCAUCCAUUACGACUUAGGAACGUAGUAUUAAGUGGUAGUGGAGAAUUGUGAAGAAAAUAUAUGUUUGAGCACGAGAGCUCCACUACCAUUGAAAUGACAUAACAAAAUUUAUCAAAAUUAUCACUAAAACUCAUUUUUAUCACCACCCUUUUGUACCAUUAACCAAUCAAAGUGAUCUGAGAUCUCUGAAUGCAACUUGAAUACUUUAUUUUUAUGCAAAACUUUCUAUUCGACGCGGCUUCAUUUGGUUUAUUUGAUGAUUUUAGAAUGCUUAUUAUGAUUUGAAUGCUGGAUGAUGGAUUACUUGAAUAGUUAACAAUACAAGAAAACUUUAGAUUCACUUCAGUUGCUUUUUCUAGAAGGUGUUUUAGCUUUAGUUGUCACUCUUGUACGUUCAUUUGUAUUUGGUUAGAAAUAACUUUCUUUUCAAUAGAACUUGUUUGGUCCAUAAAAAUAUUUGUAGAUAAUGUUUCCAAAUAAGGGUUAAUUGGAAAUAACAAUUUUCUUAUUGCAAGGGUAAAGUUUAUAUAUUUAAUCCUCAAACCUCACAUAGACAGUAGCCACUUGACAUUGGGGUGAUGGCAUGUGUGUGCUCUGUAAAAUAUUUAUUCUUAUAAUCAAAAGGAUUCUUGUCUGUGGUGGUUUUUGUUUGUUGAGUUGUGCAACUUUAGUAUAUGAAAAUAUGCUUCUAUAAAUCACAAGGUUUGAAGAAGCACAGAUCAUGGAGCCACAGUAUGGUAUAUGUAGUGAAGCCCAUGCAAUUCCUGCAUGGUUUUGAUACUUAAGCUUGUGCAUCAUAUGCUUUUAAAGAAUUGAUAUGAUCAGACAGUGCUGAUCUUAGAUGAGACGAAUGUGGCUUCACUCAGCACCUAACCCACACCCUCCAACCUCACCAAUGUUUCACUCCCAAAGGUCAGAUGGAAGUGUUGAGGUACUUCCUGCUUCACUCACAGAAAACACAACAGUGGGAAAAUUACCCGUCACCCAGGCAAAUGCAGAAGUGGUUGCUGCAUAUAGGAUGGUGGAGAAAGAAAAAAUGAAUGAACUUCUCUGUAAAUACUUGGGCAUUUGCUAUACAGCCAAGGUAAAUGCUAGCAGUAUCAUAGUCGAGGAUGAACAAGUUAACAAGCGGCUCAUGAAUCUGGUCAUUGAAGUUGGCAUGCAGAAACUUGUUAUGGGUUGUGUGAAGGUCAAAAAAAGUUCUCAUAUUGCUAGUUAUGCUGCCAAAAAGGUUCCCACCUUUUGUGAGAUAUUGUUUAUCCACGAGGGGAAACUUGUAUGGACAAAAGAAGCAUUUGGGAAAAACACAAUUUCUACAGCAUGCCAGGCAGGUGAGCUGAGGACAGAUAGGUUAAGGUCAAAAUCUUUCCAGCUUAAGAAGAGUGAGCGCCUGUAUAAUCCAGUUAAACUUCUAUCUAGAUCUUCGCGUCGAAGCAUGCCAUGUUCUGGGAUGAAUAAUUGUACUCAGAAUGAACCCACUGAAGAGGAUUCACUAUUACCAAAUUCAGGAAAUCUUUUUGAGACAGGAUUCACUCGAAGCUCAACCAGCAACGAUUCUCAAUCAAGAGGGAAUUUUGCUGAUUUUGUUUCCAAAUCAGAGGAAGAAAAUCUAUGUACUCUUCUAUCGGAACUAAACAUUGAAGUUGAAACAUCAAAGAAUGAAGUAGUGUUGGAAUCUCUGAAGCGUGAAAAUUUGGAAGCUGAGGCAAUUAACGCAGUGAGAAAGGUGAAGGACUUUCAAUCUUUUCGAAUUCGUGAAGCACAACUUAAAAAGGAAGCUGAAGAUUCUGUGGAGAGUAUGAUGCAUGAACAUCAAAGGCUGUUGGAGGAAAAGUUAGAACUUGCAGUAGAGCUCGACAGGACUUUGAGGAGUGUGGCGGUACUUGACAGUCGUGUGCAGGAAGCCAAUCAUCGCUGUGAUGAAGUAGUCGGGGAUUUAGCACCUAUCCAAGCAAGUAUUACAAGUCUACAGAAAGAAAAGCAAAAGAUUGAAAGACAGAAAAUGGAAGCCGAACGUUGGCUUGAAAAGUGGAGAGGUCGCAGGCAGACUGGCUGUACAAACUGGAAUGGAGGGCUUCUGGAUGAUGUACCUGAGUUAGUGGAGUUUUCACUAGCUGAUUUGGAAACUGCGACAUGCAAUUUUUCAGAUAGCUUUAAGUUAUUUGAAAGCGGAAGUUAUAGCGUUUAUAAGGGAGAACUUCUAAAUAGAACUGUUGCCAUACAAAGACUGUAUGCAGACAACCUCCAAGGAACAUCUCAUUUUCAGAAACAGGUACAGAUUCUUGGUAAGUUACGACACCCUCAUUUGGUUAGUUUAAUUGGUGCAUGUCCAGAGGCCUGCUCUCUUGUAUUUGAAUAUGUACCUAACGGGGUGCUUCAGUGGCACCUUUUAAGGAGAAGCAACAACACACCUCUUUCAUGGAAGAUCCGAGCUAGAAUGAUAUCUCAGAUUUCAAGUGCACUUUUAUUUCUUCAUUCAUCUUAUCCUGAAAGGAUAAUUCAUGGUGAUCUGAAACUUGAUUGCAUCCUUCUGGAUUCUGAUCUACACUGCAAAAUUUGUGAUUUUGGGAUCUCCAGGUUACUUCCACAGGAUACCUUCUGUUUCCAUAGCCGUGGUCUUCCUGAACCCCAGGGUGCCAUUUCAUACAGAGAUCCCGAGUUCUACAGAACAGGACAAUUGUCAGCAAAGUCUGAUCUUUAUUCAUUUGGCAUCAUUAUAUUGCAGCUCGUUACUGGACAACCUGCACCAGGAUUGGUAGCCAAUGUACGUAGAGCAGUGUCUAGUGGGAACCUGGGUUCUAUUCUGGAUGCUUCUGCAGGAGAAUGGGGACAAUCUAUUGCAGAAAAAUUGGUGGAUGUAGCUUUGAGAUUUUGUGAACAGAACAGUCGGGAUAGGCCAGAACUGACACCCUCUUUAGUGAAAGAUCUUCAACAGCUCUAUAUUUCAAAAGAACAACCGAUGCCAUCCUUCUUUACAUGUCCUAUCUUUCAGGACAUCAUGGUUGAUCCUCAAGUAGCAGCUGACGGGUUUACAUAUGAUGGAGAAGCCAUUCGCGAAUGGAUAGCAAAUGGUCGGGAAACUUCUCCCAUGACUAAUUUGAAAUUGGAUCAUCUACAUCUUACUCCAAACCAUUCAUUGAGAUUAUCUAUUCAAGAAUGGUUGUGUAAAUACUGAUUUACUGCUUGCUUGGGCGUUUAAUCUUUGUUACGAUGUUGUACAGAUGUAACACUAACUAGGUAUAUAUUGCUUCUAAAGCUGUAGAUGAUGCUACUACUCAUGUUUUGUAUACAUGGAAAAAUUGUCCUUGAUAAUGAUAGGAGACCAAGAGUAUGUAUAAAAAACAGAAGAAAAAUGAUUAAAAGGCCAGUAUACAUUUCCUUUGUGAUUUUAAGCAUACGUAGAAUCUAUAUUGUUUACUCCUAUAGGAUUAAAAGAUGAAUGUUUGAUAUUAGCAAAAUAAAUGGAAUGCCAUUUCUUUUGGAGGUUUAGAAGGAAAUUGCUAUUUGUCUCUUUUUCUUCAUUUCCCUCCUAAACGAGCAAGGGAGAUUUAUCCAAUUAUUCUCUCGGCUUUCAUUCCCUUCCAUUCCUAAUCCUUUAUGCUUCCUUUCCUUUUGUUUCCCUACACUAUUAUUCAAACAAAGCGUUGGCUUAUGGUUAUUAGUAUUGAAUUUGAUAUU